CGUUGCAGUCUCACUCCCGCACACAGACUCCGACACCAACACGCUCCCUGCGCCAAAAGCCACACACCGGAGCUGCUCGUAAACGAGACGUCGUGGCAAGACCAAGCGAUGACUAAGAGCACAAAUGUGCAGCGGGAAUCGACAGCGCUGCCCAAUCUCUUUAAAAGCAUCGGCUAGCAAUCUACAGUCGUCAAGCUUGCCUGGAUGUUUGCAGGAUCGAGACGUAACAGAAGCAAGGAUGACAGGAAGCACUGAAAGACGUUCCAUCAAGGAAAGUAUAAAGUGGAGAGCUGACAGAAGGGUAACGUUCCAGGUCUCGGAAGAGAACUAGAUCUCUCUUGGGAGGAUCAAGAGCAGUGAAAUGCUCUCAUCCAGCAACCAACCCGAUCGGACAAACUGCAGCCCUUUUGUAGCUGGGGAGAGGUCUCAAUGAUGCUACAAAAAAAAAAAAAUGUGCAGAUUCCUGCAGGGAAACAGGAUUUCUGAAACAGAUGGAGAACGUUUUAUUGUAAAUAUAUAAACAAACAUUAUAAAAUAAAUAAAUUAAAAAAAAAAAAAUAGAGCAAGGAAUGAUGAAUGCCAACAGUGAGCUCUGCAUAUACACACAUCCUGUAUGGAAAAUCCAUUGGUACAGCCAUGGACUGCAUGGGGAAAUGUAUAUAAUGUUGGGGAAAAUGUUAAUUGGUUAGGUCAUCUCCUGGAAUGAAGAAAUUCAUGGAUGUAAUGAAAUUCAAAGAGUAAAAAAAAAAAAAAAAAAACUAAAUCAAUGCUCUCAAUGGCCUACACCAUUCUGUCCUACGGAUUUUGGAUGUUUGUGAGACAUCACGUGGAAAAGAAUGGGCAGGAUAAGGGAUCAUUUUAAAUCUUGAUGCAACACAGACUAUUCAGGUCUGUGGAUAAAUAAAUCUAUCAUGCCAAGGCCAGGACUGCUGUGCAUAACCAGAAUAAAGGAUCUAUCACUGGAACAGAAAAAAUGCACUGGCCCCAAAAGAGCAGCUCUCUGUCUUAUAAGCCCUUUGUCUUUCCUCUGGUUAGGCCUAGUGAAUUAUAUCCUGUUAGGCUGCUGUCCAGGGGUGUUUGCUGGAGAGACUUGGGGCAUGGUCUCCAUCUGCCCUUUCCACUGUGUGUGUCGGAACCUAUCGGAGUCUUUAAGCACACUCUGCGUUAAUAAAGGACUGCUCUUUGUCCCACCCAAUAUUGACCGACGCACUGUGGAGCUCCAUCUUGCAGACAACUACAUCUUGGAGGUUGGUGGGCCUGACUUUGCCAACAUGACGGGAUUAGUGGAUCUGACCCUGUCUCGAAACACCAUUCAUGCCCUGCGCCCACUCGCUUUUGGAGAUUUGGAAAGCCUACGGUCACUUCACCUGGACACCAACCGCUUGACUGUGGUGGGACCUCAGGAUUUAACAGGCCUUCUUAACCUUCAGCAUCUGUUCAUAAACAACAACCAGCUUACAGAUGUCUCAGCCGAUGCUUUUGAUGACUUCCUUUUAACCCUGGAAGACUUGGACUUGUCCUACAACAACCUUCGCAGGAUUCCCUGGGAAGCCAUUCAGAACAUGGCCAGCCUAAGUACGCUCAACUUGGACCACAACCUCAUAGACCAGAUUGCUGAGGGCUCGUUCAGUGAACUCUACAAACUCUCCCGUCUGGAUAUGACCUCAAACAGGCUCCAGACACUUCCUCCUGAUCCCUUGUUCUCUCGCUCACAAAUCGGGGUAAUCAGCCCAACACCCUACAAUGCCAUCAUCAGUCUGAAUUUUGGUGGAAACCCUCUGCACUGUAACUGUGAGCUGUUGUGGCUGAGGAGGCUGAUCCGUGAGGAUGACAUGGAGACCUGUGCCACACCUACACACCUUGCUGGACGUUACUUCUGGUCAAUCCCAGAGGAAGAGUUUAUAUGUGAGCCUCCACUAAUCACCCGCAACACUAACAAGCUGUGGGUCCUAGAGGGGCAGAGGGCCAUGCUUAAGUGCCGUGCUAUUGGUGACCCUGAGCCAGUAAUCCACUGGGUAUCCCCAGAUGACCGAAUUGUGGCCAACUCUAGCCGCAUACACUCGUAUUACAACGGAACACUGGAUUUUCUGGUAACCCGCGCCAGAGAUGAUGGAGCUUAUACCUGCAUUGCCAUCAACGCAGCUGGGGAGUCCACUGCCCAGGUGGAGUUGAAAAUCAUUCCACUUCCACACAGAGGAAAUGGAACAGUCCCGCUUAUUAAUCCCAGAGACCCUGGUGCCUCUGAUAUGAGUCACGGUAGAGGAGGGGCUGUAGGAGGGAUGGUAACAGCAAAGAAUGCAACAGGAGGUGAAGGCGAGAAUGAAGCAAGCAGCAGAAGCACUGGACCUGAGCGAUUAGUGGAAGUUCAGGAAGUGACGUCUAACUCUGCUGAGGUACACUGGUUUAUGGGCAGAACUUCAAUGCCUUACUUGGUGUGGAUGUACCAGAUUCAGUACAAUAGCACAGCUGACGAUGCCCUUGUGUACAGAAUUCUGCCACCUACAAGUAAUAGUUUCAUGCUGAAAAACCUUGUCUCAGGUGCAGACUACAGCUUGUGUGUUUUGGCCAUUUUUGACGAAAGCAUCUCCACCAUGGCCACCACAAAAGUGUUAGGUUGCACCCAGUUCAGCACUAAAGAGGAUUAUCCAGAAUGCCGCUCUCUGCAGGCUCACUUCCUCGGAGGCACACUGACAGUGAUGGUAGGUGGGGUGGUGGUGGUGACAUUGCUGGUCUUCACCGUGGCUAUGAUGAUGCGACACAGAGUGUGUGGAGGUUGUCAAGAGCACGUCGGGCUGUCAGGCGAGUUCCUGCCAGCUAAAGGGGUGGAUGUUUACGCCCAGACAAACGGAAAUAACAGCAUGAUGAUGGUGGCCUUGCCAAACAGGUUGCUGGCGCAGCAAACAAGAGCGAUCCAGGCCAAAGCCAAGCAUAAGGAGCACAUGCUGGUCAAACAGAGCAAUGAGCCUCAUUGCAGUCAGAACUCAGACAUGGACCUGGUGAGGCAGAAACCCAAUGACUCUUUCACACCACAGAGUGAUAAAGUGACAUUUUACUGCUCCCCAGCCAAGCGCGCACACACCUUGCCGCACACGUCACACAAAGCUAUGACGCAUGACUGCAGGCUGAAGCUUCGAAGGUCUCUAGAGAGAGAAAAAGACAAAGCCAUAGUGCAAGGUGUAAAGCAAUCAUUGGUCUCACUUGCCCUCGCUCAGACAGGGCAGGUGGGAGAGGAAAGCAGAUCAAAUUGGCCUGGAGAGAGGUGUGUUCUAGGGGCCAAGCGCAGCUGCUCUUUCGAUGCAGGUGACAUCACCACCACCACAUGUUACAGCUAUGGCAAGUGGCUGAGCGUCAACUGGACCCGCCGCAGUCAGUCGCUGCACAGCAUGCUGGUCCACUGCGCGUCCACUACCAGCACAUCCAGCACAGCUAGCGAGCAGUAUAACCACGUACUGGUGCAUGGAUACCUGCACGCCUAUGCCUCCAACAACUCAAACUCCAACUCAAAUUCAAACUGUAGCAUGGAUGCCAAUCCUGGAGACCUGGAGGAAAGUAUGGUGUAGUGACUGAAAAAGCAAAACUGGUAAAUAAAGAUUAAGCUGGUGGAAAAACCAUGUUCAGCAUGUGCCAAGCUAAUAAAUGUGCCACUCAAAACACAGAAAAUGUAGAUGUUUUCAUACAAUUCAAGCAAGGAAAGCAAAAGAAAAAAAACCCAAAUACAUAUAAAUAACUAAAUAAAUAAAAUGCU